CACAUGAGGCAUCUCGGUGCAGGUUGCUAACUUCCUAUUAGUCGUACAGUUCAACUUUAUACACGAAAUGGGGAGCGUUCAGGCAAUUUGGGCUUUUCUUUCUUUGGUGUGUAUCGUUCACGCGUUCUCGGGAUUGCCGAAGUAUUUCAAGGACUGUGGGUCCGAGAAAGGUGCGAUUCUGUCUGUCAGCGUCUCUGGAUGCUCAGAAACUGAUGACCAGUGUGAGCUGAAGAAAGGAACAACCAUUCAUGUGGCCAUUCAGUUUAAAUCCUCUGAAGUGAUCACGAAUGCCACAGCUGUUGUCCACGGGAUCCUGGCUGGUAUACCAGUACCCUUCCCCAUUGACCAACCAGAUGGCUGCAAAAGUGGCUUUACCUGCCCAGUGAAGGAAGGUGAAGAGGUCACGUACAAAUCAGACAUCGCUGUGAGCAAGAAUUAUCCCAGCGUCAAAGUUGUUGUAAAAUGGGAACUCAAGGACCAGAACAGCAAAGAUAUCUUCUGUGCUUUAUUUAAAAGCGAGAUUAUUAGUUAAACAUCUGUACUUGUGUUUCUAAGCCACUUUUCUCAAAUUAUCAGAUUUUUUUUAUCUCCACUUCUACACCCUUAGAUCUGUCCCAACUGUUUAUACCGCCAGCCUUUAUUAAACUUUUUGUGUGUGAAGAGUUGUACAUUUUAAAAUUGGAUGUUCAUUUACUUUUUAUGUUGCAGUAUAAAUACGUGCUAAAUUUAGAAAAUAUUUCCAUCAUUUACGCCAUAUAAUCUUAGGUUUGCCCCAUUAAGUUAAUAAAUCUACUCAUGCAUAGUUCCAGGUAUUACCCUACAGAUACAAACAUAAUUCAUUACUUUCUCAGUGAGAUUAUUUAUGUGGAAACUUGUUUGUUAUGUUAUAUGUGAGUGGCUUUGUUCAUCGUUGGUUUUCCAUGUCUGUUUGUUUAGAGUUAAACAUAAUGUCUCUCCUUCAUAUCGUACAGUCCUUUGGAUUAAACUGUUUAUACAAAGCUUGUGAGGAAGUUCACAUAAUGUGAGAUAUCAAUGCUGUGUACAGACUUUGAGUAAAAGGGCAGAUUUUUCUAGCAUCAUCAUUUUCCCUACAAGCAGUACAUUUUGAACCGGUGAAAAUGUUAUUGGCAAGUACAAAAUCAAAUAAACGUUGUUUAAAAGGUUGUUUGAACCAAUUUUUUGGUGAUUAACUUUGGAUUCGUUUUCGUGCAUAUACGAAAGAAUGUUAUGUGUGGAUUGUCAUGAAAAGUUUGUUUGUAUAAAGAUACCAUGGAAACAGAAAGGCAGUAGUUGAGAAAAAAACGAGAAACCAGAGAAGCAAUCCCAUGAAAAGCAUUGUGUAAUUUGUAAUAAGUUUGGAAUAUUUAUUGUUUAAAGCGAAUAUGGAAAAAUAUUUCAAGUUUCUAACAGUUUUUCUCUUGUAUUUACAUUUUGGCAUUUUUUUAAAAUAAAAGAUUAUUUUUCAUUGAUA